UGCAGGUCCGAUAUUUUCGCGUUGUGCGGGUUCAGUAACAGUGCGGCGUCGCAAUGCCGAUGUGUGCGAUGACUGGCUGUAGUGCGAGAAGCACGUCUGCCGCACAGAAAACGGACCUGGAGCCAGGAACCGGGCUCUACCGAUUGCCGAAAGUGAUAACUCGGCAAUGCGACCGCACGAAAGUGUUGUCGGAGGAGCGUCGGCGUCUCUGGCUCGCUCGCAUCAACAGAAAGGGCCUCAAGAACCUGGAUUACCUCCGUGUAUGCGGUCGGCAUUUCAUCUCAGGACAGCCAGCGAGUCUAAUGGACAACACAAACCCGGAUUGGGUGCCGAGCCAACACUUGGGAUACAGCAACCGCACAGCACCGGGCGUUAACUCUACUUCUCGGUACAAGCGCGCCAAAAAUCGGCUGGCAAAAAAAAAGGUGGCCCCAGCAGCGAACGCAGCUAACAUUCAGCCGGCAGAGGUUGACCAUCCUUCGCCUGAAAUGGUCGAUGCAGGCGAUCACUUCAGUGAAGAGACGCCUGCUGAAUGUUCCAACGAGACCACUUCAGUUACAGAUGCUGCUGUGCAAACAGAUGUAACCAUGGCGUACAUGAACACCUUGGAGGAGGACGGCAAGAGGCUUGCGUUCGAGCUGCAGGAAGUCAAGAAGCAAAAAAUGAAACUUGAAGUGACAGAGGCUUCACUUCGAGGUGACCCCGGCAAAGUUGUGUUCUACACAGGCUUGCCUACUUUUGCUAGGCUCCUUGCCAUCUUUCAGAUUGUAGAGACUGUUGUGAAACACACGCAGCAAAAUGGCCUCUGCAAAUUUCAGGAGUUCAUUGUGUUCCUGAUGAAACUAAAGUGCAAUUUUCCACUGCAAGACCUAGGUUACAGGUUUGGUGUAUCCGAUUCUACAUCGUGA